CAUGUAUGACGAAUCACAGUCUUUGGCCGAAGCAUUAGAAGAGCUCCUGGAUCCAACUUUUCCUCCUAUUCGCUACCAAAUUACUCCUUAUGGUGCGCGUUAUAUCAGUGAUCAGUCCAAUCCCCCGCAGCGUCGCUUGAAUAGAGCAAAAUCUCAAGAUGGCGGCAAAUUUCUAUUGGCUCAAUUAGAUGUCAGCCAUUAUAAACCAGAGGAAGUGAGCUGCAAGGUUGAAGAUGGAAAGUUUGUGAAUGGCAAACAUUAUAGUGAAAAUCAGUAUGGUUAUGAAGCAUCUGAGUUUCAUCGUUGCUACAGUCUUCCCGAAGGAACUGAUCCCACCUCGUUGAAGUCAAGAAUCUCUCCAGAUGGGAUUUUACAACUUGAGGCUGCAAAAUUGCAACCUAAAAAUCUUGUGCUGGAUCCACUUGUGGGUUAUGAUGAAACAGAUGAUUCAAAAGUGUUCAUGAAAUUCAAUUUAGGUGGUUACAUACCACAAGAAAUUAAUGUCAGUGUUAAAGGUAAUGAACUUACCGUCAGUGCAGAACACAAGAUGGAAGAGGAAGGUCAUUUCACACACAAACAGUUCAAGAGGCGAAUUGCUCUACCUGAUGAAGUUGAUGUGGAUUCAUUGAGUUCAAAGUUUAGUAAGGAUGGCGUAUUGAGUAUUCAAGCUUGUAAGAAAUCACAACCAUUUCUUGAAGAAAAGAAAAUUGAAGUGCAAGAAGAGAAAGAAGAGCCUGAAGGAGGCAGUAAAGAGGACCUUAAAGAAGACAGUAAAGAAUGAAAUGAAUGACUGCUUUGUGAUUUAGUCUUAACAGCUUUGUUAUUUUAGUUGUUAUGAAUUCAUUUAAUAGUAAACUGCUUUGCCGUUUAGUCAACUUGGAUGUAUUGCUUAUGAACUUUGAUUGCUUUGCAAAUUAGAUUAAAGAGCUCUGUCAAUAAAAUGUGGAAAAUA